AUGGGGGAAUUGCCGAAGAACACGAUAUCAGUUGUGGACCAGCACCACACCCUUCUAUCAAAGACCAUCGGAGACGAAACAAUAGCUAGGAACUCCAAGGUACAUAGCUAUGGCAAGAGCUUCAAUGGCUUCGCGGCAAAAUUACUUCCUCAUGAAGCAGAAGAAUUAUCGAAAAACGAAGGAGUUAUAUCGGUCUUUCGAAACGAGAUGCUAAAGCUUCAGACAACAAGGUCAUGGGAUUUUCUGGGAAUGCCUCUGAAUGUGAAGAGAAAUGAACAAGUUGAGAGUGAUACUAUAAUUGCCAUGUUAGAUACAGGAAUAUGGACAGAUAACCCAAGCUUCAAUGACGAGGGAUUUGGUCCUCCACCUAAGAAAUGGAAGGGCAAAUGUGACAGUGGCCAAAACUUCACUCGCUGCAACAAGCAAGUAAUCGGGGCCCGUUUUUUCCAAGUGGGCCAGGAGGGUCCGUACGACGAGCCGCCCUCCCCCGUCGACCUCGAAGGCCACGGCACCCACACCGCCUCCACGGCGGCCGGAAUACCCGUCGCCGGCGCCUCCCUGUACGGCAUCGCGGAGGGGACCGCCCGCGGCGGCGCCCCGCGGGCCCGGAUCGCGAGCUACAAGGUGUGCUGGGGCCCGGGAUGCCAGGACGCCGACCUUCUGGCCGGUUUCGACGCGGCCAUCGCCGACGGGGCGGACGUGAUCUCGGUGUCGAUCGGAGGCCGCACGCGCAAGUUCACGGAGGACUCGAUCGCGAUUGGGUCGUUCCACGCGGCCCGGCGGGGGAUCCUCACGGUGUGCGCGGCGGGGAACGACGGGCCCACGUUGGGCCUGGUCGAGAAUGUUGCGCCGUGGGUGCUCACGGUGGCGGCCAGCACCACCGACCGGAAGCUCGUGACAGAUGUGGCUUUGGGCAACGGGAAGAAAAUUCCGGGAGUUGCGCUUAAUACAUAUUCACCAAAGAGACGAUUAUACCCAUUGACAAACGGAGCUCUUGCACGAAACUCUACUAUUAUUCCCUAUGCAAAUGUCAGUGCAUGCGACUUUGGGUCAUUGAACGAAACCUUAAUAAGAGGGAAAAUCGUGUACUGCCAAGGGGCCGGCGGUGAUAACACCGUCCCAUUUUCUGGUGGGGCCGGCACUAUAAUGUCCGAUAACUAUUACUUUUACUUGGAUGUGUCUCGUCCCACAUUCGGCCCAGCAACUUACAUUAGCUAUGACAGUGGAUUAUAUAUCGACAGCUACAUAAAUUCCACAAGAUCGCCGCAAGCUGUUAUAUUCAAAACGAAGAGCGUGAACGUGACUGAUUUCUACGUGGCUCACUUUUCGUCUCGUGGCCCUCAAGACUUGAGUUCGAACCUACUCAAGCCCGAUAUUUCGGCCCCUGGCGUCGACAUACUUGCCGGCUACACGAAAUUCACCUCCCUAUUGGAAUCACCAAGUGAUCAUCGGUUCGUGAACUACACGGUAUUUUCCGGAACUUCGAUGGCUACGCCACAUGUCUCCGGUGCGGCUGCCUAUGUCAAAACCUACCAUCCGAGUUGGUCUCCGGCCGCCAUUAAAUCGGCUCUAAUGACCACAUCAACAUUGUUCAAGGUGAAACCGGUCGAGGCCGAGUUAGCCACUGGCGCGGGCCAACUCAACCCCACACAAGCCCUUCACCCGGGCCUUGUAUACGACAUGGACAUAAUCUACUACGUAAGCUUGCUUUGCAAGCAGGGCUACACGAGCGACGAUAUUAUUCUUUUGACGGGCAGCAAAAGCUACAAUUGCUCGAAAAUCCCACAAGCGAAAGGCGCGGACGGGUUGAAUUAUCCCUCGAUAUAUUAUCAAGUAGAUGAUCCAGAAUCUGGAUUUUCGGAAGUGUACUAUCGAGAGGUGACUAAUGUUGGAUUCGGAAAGUCAACGUACAAGGCAGAAGUCAACUCACCCGAGGGGCUCUCGAUCGAAGUCAACCCCAACGUGCUGAAUUUCGACCGGGCUUAUCAGAAGGCUUCGUUUGCCGUGACUUUGAAAGGGAAGUUGCCGCCAAAAGUGACCUACUUGUCGGGUUCGCUCGUGUGGGAUGACGGCAUGCAUCGUGUUAGGAGUCCGGUUCUCGUUUCGUAUUAUAACUCGUCGGUUUUUUAG